GUUUCCCCGGUGAGUAACGAUGUGACGUAAAACGUCAUGAGUUACGUUCAAUGCGGAAGUGGCAAAGAAGCUUCAUAUCAUUUCCAACAUCGGAAUUGAAUACACCUCCCUGCUUAGUUUUGACACGAAAUCGAAGAAAGCGGUCUGUCCGUCAUGCUCGGUAGUGGAUUCAAAGGAGAGAGACUGCGAGUCAAUCUCAGACUCGUCAUCAACCGCCUUAAACUGCUUGAGAAGAAGAAAACUGAAUUAGCCCAGAAAGCCCGAAAGGAGAUAGCAGACUACCUGUCGGCAGGUAAAGAUGAGCGAGCACGGAUCAGGGUGGAGCAUAUCAUCAGAGAAGAUUAUCUGGUGGAGGCCAUGGAGAUUCUAGAGUUGUACUGUGAUCUGCUGCUGGCCCGCUUUGGUCUAAUCCAGUCUAUGAAAGAGCUGGAUCCUGGCCUUCAGGAAGCAGUGUCCACUCUGAUUUGGGCGGCUCCUCGCCUUCAAUCAGAAGUCACCGAGCUUAAAAUCGUUUCAGACCAGCUGUGUGCCAAAUACAGCAAGGAGUACGGCAAGCUGUGUAGGACAAACCAGAUCGGAACAGUCAACGACCGACUCAUGCACAAACUCAGUGUGGAAGCCCCGCCAAAGAUCCUGGUGGAACGUUACCUCAUUGAAAUAGCCAAAAACUACAACGUCCCGUAUGAACCGGACGCUAUGGUGCGGCCGGAGGUCGGAGAGGAAGCAGACCUUAUAGACGUCGACAGCGACUUUAAGAAGCACGGUGGUGGAGGUGGAGGAGGUGGAGGGUUCUCUGCUCCUCCGGCUGUUGCUAUGCCCAUGCCUAUGCCCAUGCCCAUGCCAACACCUACAGCCUUCAACUACCCUUCACCCAAAGGAGCUGAGCCCUUCAGUGCUCCUACUGCCACCUAUGAUGUUGGCUUUACCAACUUCCAGCCUCCGGUGAGGGGAGGGCAGCCGCCUCAACUCCCCAGCUGCCCCCCAACCUACGAGUCUAUUGAUGAGUUGGCUCUCAAACCCUCGGCUUCUCCCCAGGUUGUUCCAGGCCCUGGUCCGUCUGCUCAGAUCUACGAUAACAACGUUCUUCCCGAGCUUCCCUCGGUCCCCGACACGCUCCCUAACUCCUCCUUGGGCGGCAAUCCCGGUGCUUCAGACGACAUUGACUUUGACGACCUGUCACGGCGCUUCGAGGAGCUCAAGAAGAAGACCUAAUCUCUGAAAAGCCCACGUCUGUACGUCCGGUGGAUGGAAUCUUCAGGAGAAGCAAAAAAACAAAUAAAAAAAUAAGCCCUGGUCAGAUUAUAUACACAAAAUCUUCAUCUGAAGCAAUGAUUUUUAAUCACUUCAGACAUCAGUGUAAGAUUUACCUCAUGCGAAAAAAAGGUGUCUUUCUGGUGGAGGUUACUUUACUUAAAACAUUACAACAUGAAGGAUCUGAUGGAAUUCGAACACAAGACUAUUGCUAGAAUCCCUUUUUUAAAGCACUUUCCAUGUAUGGCCUUUCUCCAAUGUAAAGCAAUGUAUUAUAGCUACAGCAUUGCCACGCCCACACGGUGUGAUGUCACCUCCUUUUAACUAAACUUUGCUGUUACUGUCAUUCAUCUGGAUUUUUUCCUUUCCAUUAAAUAACACAGUAAUGGGAGUUAAAUAUUAACAAUGAUAAAGACUGAAGCCACUGAUAUUAGUGUAGGAAGUGUUAAAUAAGUCGGCGGUUGUUUUCCGCACUAACAAAACAGACUGGUCUAACCCGUCGGCUACUGAUUACACCCAGUGACGAGGCAGGGACUUUUCGAAUGACCUAACCCACCAUGUCACUGCUCAAUAGGGCUAUUCGUCAUGUGACCUGAGUAUCUCUGGAAUGACACAGCUUUUUUUUUUUUUUCUCUCCACUGGUACUAAGUAAAUAAAAUAUUAAGUGGCAGCAGUCUUGCUUAUUUCUACAUAAUUCUAGAAAUCCUAUUACCAGGUUUGCUUUCUUUGUUCAAGAUGAAACCUUUACACAAGAACACGAUCAUAACAAACAACAAACUGACUCUUGAUUUAAAGAUAAAACACUCCUAGUAUUAUUAUUCCCUUUAUCAUUAUAUUAUCAUAUCCAGAUCUGUGGCCUUGUCUUUACAUUUAGGUCCGGUUUCUAAAUGUAUAUUCAUUUUUAUUGGUGAAGGGUUACCUUUUUUUGUUGUUGUCGUUGUUGUUGUUCUUGGCUUCUGGAGAGUGUUAAUAUUUUCGUUUUGUUUGUAUAGUUCUAAAAUUCUUUCCCUUCUCGUAACACUACUGUGCAGAAACGUCUCCAUUCAGAUCAGCUAUAAGGAGCAAUAUGAUAUGAGCUUUAGGAAUGUUUGUUACUUGUUAUAACAUGUACUGGAAACAUAUAUAGGACGGUCAUCUAAUAAAGUAUAUUUGCUCAUAA